AUGGUCUUCUCGUCUUCGGAUAACCCGGAGAUCUCAUCCAUGCUGCAGUUCGGGAUCAGCAUGACCCUCUACACCAUGAGUGUCGGGGUGCUUUGGUACGCCGUCUUCGGCCGCCUCCAGUACGGCUACGGCACCCAGCAGGAUCUGAUCUGCAUCCUCCAGGCCCAGCUUGCUUCAAAAGCGGCGAUGCGGCUCAAGGCCACGCCGGAGAAGAUUCCGGCGACGGUGUUUGCCAUCAUUUGCACUUCCUCCAUCUUGAGCGGAUUGGUUAGUAUUCUGUUUGGCAAGUUGCAGUGGGCUACUUCGAUGCUCAUGAUCCCGAAGCCGGUGGUUAGCGGCUUCCUUGGUGCCAUCGGCGUAGUGGUCCUCCAAGCCGGCCUCAAGACGGCGUCCGGUGUGCCCUUCCAUCACUUCUGGCCAGACAUGGGCUGGUCAGAGUUCUGCGAUUCUACAGACCGCUUGCUUCAGGUGGCGUGCAUGAUGUUGCAUUUCAUCUGCAUCCGCGUUGGUCCGGGCUUGUGCGCUACGCUCCUGGAUGUCGAGCGCCAUCCCGCGCGCAAAGAUGCCGUGAAGAAGUAUGCGGCUUUGGUUUGCCAGCUUGCCCCACUGCUCUUGUUCUACGUCGUGGUCAUGUGCCUGGACGUGAGCAUGAGCUCUCUGGCGGAGCAUGGCUGGACCUAUCCCAGCAACGGAAGCGAAGGGGCCUUGAGCAUUUGGACGACCUACAGCCUCUCCGACGUGGAUCUCCACACAGUUUGGGAAAUCUGCGUGUCUCUGGACAUCGUGGCGCUAGUCGCCAUGGCCAUCCUUUGUACAAUGCUAGGUGCGCUUGCAAUCACUGGCCGCUACCCUACUGGCCCUGCGGGUGAUCCUGCACCCGAUGACCCGUUGGAUUUCAAUGCCGAGUUGACGACUGUCGGUGCAGCCAGCCUCUUUCUUGGUUGCACCGGCGGGAACCUGAUUUUCCACAAGUUCUCGGUGAUCCAGCUGCGCGAGGAUGGCGGCACGCACCGCAUCGCAGUGCUGACGAUCGCGCUGGUCGCCGGCAGCCUCUUCAUCUUCGGCUUCCCCAUCGGCUCCGUCGUGCCCAAGUGGUUUCUGGGAGGUCUCUUCAUGAACACUGGUUGGUCCUUCCUGAAGAAGACGCUCAUGUCCUAUCAGUCCAUGAGCACCUUCAAGUGGCGGGGCGUGCACAUCGUCUCGAUGCAGUACGGCAUCUCGACCUGCUGCGUUCUCAUGGCGCUGUAUUUCAGUCCAACCACUGCGAUCAUGGCGGGGCUUUGCCUCAGUAUUCUCCUAUUUGUCUGGGACGGCAUGUCUACAUCGCCGGUCAGCUCUGUGGUAGACGGCCAGCACGUGGUGAGCCGAACGAAAAGACCGUGGUGGGAGAUGAAUGUUCUCGCAGCAGAAGGCGAUCGCGUCCGAUUGCUGUACCUACAGGGCCAGCUCUUCUUCGGCUCCAUGUUGCAGCUGACCUCGAGUCUAGAGGCUGCUGCAGCGGACCACCGAAUCGAGUUCGUGAUCUUGAGCUAUGCCCGGGUUCCGUUGAUGGAUCCCUCCGCAGCGGAGAACAUCCGCGCUGCUCAAGAGAAAAUCUCCAAGUUCGGCUGCAAUGUUCUCCACUGUCGCACCAACGAGCAAGUCUUUGGAGCGUUGGUCGCCGCAGGAGCCAUUCAGAGGCCCUCCAAAGACUUCUUGAUGCGCAUCCAGAACAACCAGUGGAGCUUCGUGGGUGAGUCGCUGGAAUACCUGGAUCCGGAGACGCCGAACAACGAAUCCCACCCGGAUGCCUUCUUUCAUGAGACUGACUGCCUGGAUUACUGCGAUGAGUAUCUGGUGCGGAACUACAGCUACGACCUUUCAGCUCCGAUCAUGGGACUGGAGGACUACAUGCGUGAGUACCGGGCAGUAGUUGAAGGCCAACAAGGUCGUCUCUCUGAGUCUGCGUUCGAGAUGAUGAACGACCUCCCCUUGGGCGUGAUGAUGCAGCUGAAGCCGUUUUGCCAGGUUCUGGUGGACCAAGUCGCCGGCAAGAACCUGUCGGACGAGCUGCCCAGCAUGAGUCGCGCGAUGUGCUUCAUCAUGAAGGGAGCACUGUCCAUGGUGAAGAUCGUGCCCGUCGCGGAGAAGCCGGACGUCUUUGAGACACAUUCCGCCUUCAGCUUCCGCAAGGGGAAGCGGCUGCUGGCGCGAUAUCCGCCGGGCCAUGUUGCUGGCAUUGAGACAUUCUUCAAGUUCCACAGGCAGCGCAUCGACAAGCAGCUGGAGCCGAAAUUGAUAGUGUCAUCGUUGAUGAAUCCGCCAGCGGAGGUCUGGAUCCUCCGCUACGACGAGUGGCAGGAUCAGCCAGGGUGGAAGCAGAUGCCCGACGGAUUGAAGGGCUACUUAGCCCGGAUGCUUUGUGUUCAGUUUGCCGACACGCUGAAGCAUUCGAAUCUGAAGGAGAGGUAG